AUGGGUUUCCUCAACAAUAGAACUAGGAAAGACAAUGUAAUUGAAAAUGCCCAGGCUGGCAAUCUUUUCGAUAGAUACGUGAAACGGAAAAAGCUGGAUCCUCUUGAGGCUUAUGUGCCUGCUGUUCUCUUGAGUCAAUCACAGUUCAAGGACCUAGAGAAGACUUUGGAAUCUGAUCGACCAAGAUAUGCGGACAGCAGGUCCCUGUUACGGUCUGGACCAGCAGCCUCCCUUCGCGUGAACAUUAGAGCAGUUGCUCAGUAUGCAUCCGAAGAUGGUAAAGGCAAAGCCGCUUUCGAUGCUGUCGACCAAUGCCUCCGUGCUUUGGAAGAUUUGGAUUCCCUGUUGCUUCAUGCAUCAAGGAGUGACCCUGAAGCCAAAGUCGAAAAAAUGAAGGCCAAGAUUGAUGCAGCACUUGGUGCAUUAGACAGCCUUCUUGAAACAGUGCCAGCAGCUGUGCUGGACAAAGGUAAGGCCAUGGCAGAUGCUUAUAGGAUGCCAUCAGAAGAGAGAGAUGGUCCUCAAGAAGAUGACUUGGAUAUAAAACAGUUGGAAUCACUCCUUUAAGCCUGUAAAUAUUAUGUAUCAUCAUUUCGUUUUCUUCAUAAUCAUUUAUCUUUAAAGCACCUUUUUGUCUC